UCUCCGAGUCAAUUUCUACAUCGAGGUGCUUCGAAUUCUCACCAAUGUCGAGCUACCGUUCUCCUCGUUCAUCUCCUUGGCGGUGUAAAAGACUGAGGACGAGCUCACUCCCUCUCGACCUCCUCCACAACGUUCUCUCUCGCCUACCCACGACACUGCUCAUCAAGCUGAGGACCGUCUGCAGAGAGUGGCGCGACAUCAUCGAUGAUCCGCACUUUGCCGCCAUGCACGUCAAGAGCGGUGUCGAGAAUCCCCGGAUUCUGCUGCUCUCAAAGCCGAGUCGCGGUGCGGAUCCCAGAUUCACGGCGGUGAGCGACGAGCUCCUGGUGACUUCGCUCCCCAAAUCGGCCGUGACGGCGUGGUCCCACGGAGUUGGAGCUUCAUGUCACGGGUUGCUCUGCUUUGACGACCUCCUCCACGGCGGGACCUAUCUGCUCAACCCUCUGACCCGAGACAUCGUGUCGCUGUCGAGCGUCGGGCCGUGCAAGCGGUGGCACCAGCGCCGGAUAGCCAUCGGGGUGGACCACUUGACCAGCCGGUACAAGAUCCUGCGCAUGAGCUCGUUUAUCGGUAAAGACCGCCAAAUUUGCUCGAUGAGGGCAGAGGUCCUCGAUCAGGGCUCGAGGUCAUGGAGGGACAUAGCGAGCGUCCCUCCCUGCCUCCUCCUCGGAAAACCGGUGUUCACGGCCGGAUCAAUCCACUUGAUCGUCGCCGGCGCAGGCGACCAUGUUCACAGGAUCUGGUCAUUCGACCUGGCAAAGGAGGAGUUCGCGCGGACUCCGAGCCCAGAGUUUUGCGAGGCCAACCUGGUGGACCUCCGGGGAGUUCUGGGGCUCGUCGACUACUCGCAUCAGGAGAGCCACGAUGUGUGGGUGAUGGAGGAGAGUCGGGUGUGGGUGAAGAAGUACAGGAUCCCGCUGAGGUUGCCGUGGGGGGUGAAUAGUCACCGGUUCGGUUUUUUUAUGGGCUGUGGUGGCCGGAAGAUGGUGCUCAAGUUCUUGAAGAGCGUCUUGAGCUAUGAUCCGGCGACUGACGAGCUGGAGUAUGUGCAGAGAGGCGGCGCGUCGAUGGACAGACUUGUAGGCAGCAUCACCGUGAGUUUGCUUUCCCCGGCCAAAUUGUGGAAUGCGGACAAGGUCUCCUACCUUUAGUAUGGUUGCGACAUGCGUGAAUAAGCCCCGAUUUUGGUUUUGGCACAUCAUGAUUACUUCUUCUUUUAUAGUUGAUGAAUUUUGUUCAUGAGAUUGCAUAUAUUAUCCGUUUCUCUAAUC